CAGGGUUUCAAUCAUUUCCUUUUCAUAAAGCGGAACUUAUAGUCCCUAACCUGGUUUUCUGGGAACAUUUAUUUCUGGGACACCGCUGUGCAAUAAAGACUUCAGAUUGAUGCUUGAGACCGUCCAUUCUGCUGAUCAUGGAAGCCUCAAAAAGACGCCUGUAUGUCGGUGGGAUUGGUCCUACAGUUACUGAAACAGAAUUGAAAGAGAGGUUUGGGAAAUUUGGAAAUGUUGAUGGCGUAGAUCUCAUCUCCAGGAAAGAUGAGCAAGGAAACCCUGUGAAGACGUUUGCCUACCUCAACAUCAACAUAUCCGAAGUGGACCUGAAAAAAUGUAUGUCCGUCCUAAACAAGACCAAAUGGAAAGGGGGAAUGCUGCAAAUUGAAAUGGCUAAAGAAAGCUUCUUACACAGAUUGUCCCAGGAGCGACAGGAAGCCACAGAGAAGAAGCCGGGGGCACAACCCCAGCGGGAUCUGGUGCAGUCUCUGAAGGAUUCAGGGGUUACCGAGUUUCAGAUGAAAGCUGCCGUACCAGGGACUGAAGUUCCGAACCAUAAGGACUGGGUGGUCAGUAAGUAUGGACGGGUGCUGCCAGUGCUUCAUUUGAAAGCCAAUAACAAGAGCAAAGUCAUUAAAUAUGAUCCUUCAAAAUACUGUCACAACAUUAAAAAAUUAGAAGCUGGCUCGUGUGAGGCUGUUCCUGUAUCUCAGUUGACGUGGCAUCUGGAAGGAGGUGAUGAUGAAAUAAGCAAGAAGAGAAGAGGAGAGUUCCCAAGUCCCAAAAAUCCAGUGCAAAAGAAGCUUAAAUUAGAAAAACGCCUAGAUACAUCUGAAACAGGGUCACCAAGAAAAUUUAACAGAAAGGAUUCUCUAUCUUCAGAUUGCGUCUCUGCUAGUGCCUCAGGUGGGCGCCAAGUUAAAACGCCCUCUGGACUGAAGGCGGUGAAUGGACAUUUAGUAAAGAGGAAUAGAAAGAGCUUUUCUGAUGGGGAAAGUGAUUCUGAAGAAGAAUUAAAAGCCAUAUUAGAAAGGGAGAAGAAGGCUCGGCAAGAAGGUAUGAUACCUACUGAUGAUGCCAAUUUAGAGGUGGUGGCAGAUUCCUUUGAACUGAGUUAUACGACUCAUUGGGAUUGUAAAAAUAAGUCAAAUACAAAGAAGGGCAGCACUAAAGACAAAGAUGACAUUGAAUAUGACUCUGCAGAUACUGACGAAAUCAUUUCAGUCACCAAAACUGUCCAGAAGGAAAAAUCCAUUAAUAUGGAGAUGCAAAAGGGACCUUUAGAAAAAAAGAAGUUGAAGAAAGAAACCAUUGUUAAGGGCAAAUUCAUUGAUAUGGAGAUGCCAAAAGGAACAAAAGAUGAUAGUGAAUACGACUCUGCAGAUACUGAUGAAAUCAUUGCAGUUACCAAAACUGUCCAGAAAGACAAAGGCAUUAAUAUGGACAUGAGAAAAGGAACGCUAGAGAAAAAUAAACCACAUAUUCUAACAAAGAAAGAAACAUCUCAGAAGGGCAAAGUUAUAAAUAUGAAGAUGCUAGAAGGAACAAAAGAUGACAGUGAAUACGACUCUGCAGAUACUGAUGAAAUCAUUGCAGUUACCAAAACUGUCCAGAAAGACAAAGGCAUUAAUAUGGACAUGAGAAAAGGAACGCUAGAGAAAAAUAAGCCACUUAUUCUAACAAAGAAAGAAACAUCUCAGAAGGGCAAAGUUAUAAAUAUGGAGAUGCUAGAAGGAACAAAAGAUGACAGUGAAUACGACUCUGCAGAUACUGAUGAAAUCAUUGCAGUCACGAAAGCUGUCCAGAAAGACAAACCCAUUAAUAAUGAGAGGCAAAAAGGAACUUUAGAGAAAGAAAAUCCACAUGUUUUACCAAAAAAACUGAAGAAGACUGUAGAGGACAAGGAUAGUCACACCUCAAUAAGACCAGAACAUGGUGAGCUGGAUUCACAAAGUGUGGAAGAGAAUUCUGACUCUGAAAGCAGUGACUCCUGUUCUGAUGAAGAAUAUAAUUCUAUGAUGCAAAACUGCUACCGACUCGAUCUUACAAUGGGAGACCUAGAAAAGUUAGCAAACUCUGCCAAAGAGUCUUCAGAAGAGGAAACAAAUGAUAAGAAGUCUGAUAGCGACCAAGGAGAAUUAGAAAACAGCAAAGUGCAGACACCUGUAACAAAAGACAGGAAAAGAACAGGGAUUGAUCCAGAAGAUAUUGUAGCAUCUAUUUUGCAGGAUGAGGAUGAUGAUGAUCGUUCUGACAAGAGAUCUAAACAAAAAAGGAAUAAUGUUCCUCCAGCUGUGUUUCCAGAAUUUAAAGGACUGGGGUCUCUUCUAGGAAAAACGCGGUUGGAGAAGGGGGAGGUAUCUAUGAACACUUUGUCGACUCCUAAGACCACUAAGUCUUUAGCUCAGGGUGCAGCUAAAGGGGCAAAAAGUUCAAGUGUUGUCAAAUCUAGUUCAGAUGUUUCCAAAAAGGAAAAAGAGCAGGAGCCAGGCUCCAGAGGGGUAAGUGAUUCCAAAGUGGGUCACAAACAAGUCUCAAGCCAGCCAAAAGCUAAUAAACGGAAAGAAGAGGACUCUAGCUAUAGUAGUGACAAUGACACAAGCAGUGUUGAAUCCAGCAGCGAGGAUGAAGCAAGCAAUGCCCCAUCUGCUGCAGCUCUUCAUAAUCUACAGAAGGGCACCAAGGCUCAGACAGAUGCAGGAAAAAAACAUCUUGUGGAGCAACCCACCCCAAGAAUGCAGCAGCGAGGAGGGGACAAGCAGCUGCAGGACAACAAGAAACGUUUGGCUGCAAUGGAGGAGAGGAGGAAGGAGCGAGAGUUACAGAAAAAGACAAUUCAGGGAGCUUUGCUAAAAUCGGAUGCCAAAAUCUCAAGCAAGGGUCAGCACAUUGUGUUUGGCUCAGAAUCAGAAAGUGAACAUGAGAAGAUGGAAGCAGAGGCCAGUGAUGCCUCCCAGAGCAGUGACGCAGCGUCUAAAAACAAUGAAACCGUACCUGGACCCAAUGUGACAGCGAAAUUGUUUGAGAGCAGUGAAGAUUCUGAUGACAGUGAAGAAAACGAUGACCAGGGGAGAUUCCAAAUUAAGUCCCAGUAUGAAGGUGCAUCUGGAGAAAAGCAGAAACAGCACCUAAUACACAGGAGGAAGCAGACGAUCUCUUAGCAGAGAAGAAGAAAAACUUAGGAAUUCUACAAAGUCUCCUAAAUAUCAAUGUUGAGUCACAGCCAGUUAACAAGCAGACAAUGAGAGCUAAACAAUUC